AUGAAACUAUCUACUGAACUUGGUGUUCCAGUUCCCACUCAUGUCUCAUAUGUUGUAAGACAAACAACUAAUCUUAAACCAGAAGAAAGAGAAAAGAUUCAGAAACAAACUGAAUACAAUUGUUUCUUUUUCCCUUCACAAAUGCUUCUUGUAGAUUAUCUCUCUGAUUCUGGUUCAUCUGCUAUGACUGAUAUUCAAUGGAGUUCAUUGUUCAGAGGAGAUGAGGCUUAUGGAAGAAAUCAAGGAUAUUACGCUUUUCAAGAAUCUGUUAGAGAUGCUUUUGAACGAGGGGAUAAAGCUAGGUGGGUAGUUAAAGAUAUUGUCAGUGGUAUUCCAAAUUUCACAAAUAACCCAGAAGAUCCAUAUUGGACUGAGCCAGAAGUUCCAGGUACUUUUGUUAAUAAAGGAAGACUUCAAAUAGAAAGACCAAAUUUCUUUAUCUUACCACAAGGAAGAUGUGCAGAGUGUUUGUUAUAUGAAGUUAUGUCUCAAUGUCUUGGUAAAGGAGAAUGGCACUUAAUUUCAAAUGGGUGGUUUGAUACUACUGAGGCUAAUGCUAGAAACAAUGGAUUCCAUACUGUUAAUUUGUUUGCUAAGAACUAUCAUGAUCCAGUGGAUCCAGAGACUCUUUGGACUAAAAAUGAAUUUAAAGGUAAUUUGAAUAUUGAACGUGCUGAAGAGUUUAUUAAUGAAAAGGGAAAAGAGCAUAUUCCUUUAAUUUUAAUGACUAUCACUAACAAUACUGGAGCUGGUCAACCAGUUUCAAUGAAAAAUAUUAGAGAAACUUCUGAAUUAGCUAAGAAAUAUGAUAUUCCAUUCUUCUUUGAUGCAGCAAGAUUUGCUGAAAAUGCAUACUUUAUUCAUGAAUUUGAAGAAGGAUAUGAUAAGAUUUCUAUUCCAGAAAUUGUUAAAGAGAUGUUUAGCUAUGUUGAUGGAUUUUGUAUUUCUCUAAAGAAAGAUGGAGUUUGCAAUAUGGGUGGUGCUUUAGCUUUUAGAGACCAAGGAGUAUUUUGGAGAAAGUUUAGUACUAAAGGUGAUGUUGGAGUAAUCUUAAAACAACUUCAAAUUUUGAGGUAUGGUAAUGAUUCUUAUGGAGGAUUAAGUGGAAGAGAUAUUAUGGCAUGUGCUAUGGGUUUGUCUGUUGUUGAAGGAGAAUCAUAUCUUAAAGGAAGAAUAGAACAAGUACGAUAUUUCGGAUAUGAGUUAGCAAAGAGAAAUAUUCCAGUUUUCUUACCACCAGGAGGACAUGCUAUUUAUAUUGAAACUGAUAAAUUCUUCAACAAUAGAAAGAAUUAUUCCCCUGGAGAUUUCCUUGGAGUUGGAUUAGUUAUUGAAAUGAUCAGAAUGUAUGGAAUUAGGGCUUGUGAAUUAGGGCCAUUUGGAUUUGAAUGGGAUAAUAAAGAUGAAGAAGAUAGAAAAGGAAUUAAUGAUCAAGUUAGAUUUGCUGUUCCAAGAAACGUAUAUUCCAAAGAGCAUAUUGACUACACAGUUAGAGCAUUAGAACAGAUGUAUAUGAAUAGGGACUUAAUUCCCAAAGUUAGAAUUUCUAGAGGAAGACAUUUGAAGUUAAGGCACUUCCAAUCUGGAUUAGAGCCUAUUUACAAUGAAUCCAAAUAA